AUGUCAUCGGCGGUGGAGGCGGGGGCGGAGGUGGUCAUCGUCGGCGCCGGGAUCGCAGGGCUGGCGACCGCGCUGGCUCUGCGGCGGGCCGGCGUGGGCGGCGGCGUUCUGGUCCUGGAGCGGCACGCCGAGCUGCGCGCCACGGGCGCCGCGCUCACCAUCUUCCCCAGCGGCUGGUUCGCGCUCCGCGCGCUGGGCGUCGCGCACAAGCUCAUGUCCCGCUACGACGCCUACGAAACAUUUCAGGUGACCAAUCUUGAAAAUGGAGCUACUCAGGUGUUUCGCUUCGCUGCACGCAAAAACAGCGGCGAAAUCAAGGCGAGGCCGGCGGAUCGAAAGGCGCUGCUGGAAGCGCUCGCGGAGGAGCUCCCGCCGGGCACCAUCCGCUUCUCGUCCAAGCUCGUCUCCAUCAACAGCGAGACAGCCGAGGAGGAGGGUUCGCCGGAGACCUCCGUUCUCCGGUUAGACGACGGCACAGUGAUCCGAGCCAAGGUGGUGAUCGGGUGCGACGGGGUGCACUCGGUGGUGGCGCGGUGGCUAGGCCUGUCGGAGCCGGUGACAUGCGGCCGGUCCGCCGUCCGCGGCCUCGCCGUCUACCCGGACGGCCACGGCAUGAAGAAAGAGCUCCGGCAGUUCCUCUCGGCGGGCCUCAGGGCCAGCAUGGUGCCCAUCAGCGACACGGAAGUCUACUGGUUCCUCGUCAACAACACCGUCGCCGCAGCGGAGGAAGAAGCCGGCGCGGACCCGGCCAAGAUCCUGCGGGAGGUCACCGAGAACCUGGGGAAGCACAUGCCGGCCGAGUACCUGGACGUGGUGCGCCACUCGGACCACAAGAGCGUCUCGUGGGCUCCGCUGCUCUACCGGUCGCCUUGGGGCAUCUUGACGGGCCCGGCCGCUCGCGGGUCGGUCACGGUGGCCGGCGACGCCUUCCACCCCAUGACGCCGGACCUUGCGCAGGGCGGAUGCUCGGCGCUGGAGGACGCGGUGGUGCUCGCGCGCGCCCUGUCGCGGGCGGCCACGCCGGCGGAGGGGGUGGCGGCCUACGUGUCGGAGCGCCGUGGCCGGGCCGCCUGGCUGGUCGCCGGAGCCUACCUGUCGGGCUGGGUCCAGCAUGGCGGGAUCAACAACGCGCAGGAGGGCCUGCGGGGGUACCUUGUCAAGCUGUUCCGUGACUUGAUCUUUUACAGGUUCAUCUUCCCCAAGCUCGCCGAUACCUUGUGGUAUGAUUGCGGCGAUCUGGUGCCCCCGCCGUCCAAGGACAAGGGCAAGAAGCACUCAGAGUGA